AUGAGUUUUAAAUUAAGUCUUAACAGUAUAUCGUUCAUUUUGAUACUUGUCUCAUUUGUAUUUCUAUUAUUAGCUACUAUAAGUUCACCCGUUGUUAAGUCUUUUAAUUUAGGUCAUACUGCUGAUUAUACUUAUGGUAUAUUUGGUUAUUGUUGGGACAAUAAUUCGCAAUGUUCAAGUGCAACUUAUCCUAUUAAAUUAAGUGACGUUGAUGAUUCAACUUCAAAUUGGAUAUUAAAUAAUAAUACAAGAGAUACUUUGGCGAAAAUUUUCAUUAUUGCGCCUAUUGCCUUGGGCUUCAAUUUUGUUUUAUUGGUAUUGAUUUUUGCUUCACAUUUUUCAAAUAAAGGUGUUAACUUAAUUGCAAUUGUUGUCAAUGUUUUGGCUAUGAUUUUGACUAUCUUAGUUACUAUUAUUAUUAUAUUAGUAUUUUAUCCAAAUUUACAUUGGACAAGUUGGAUUUUACUUGGUGCAGCAGCUGCGACUAUAUUUUCAUUAAUCUUCUUGAUCUUGAAUUUAAUUACAUUGAAACGUAACGAUGAUAAUGAUAGUGAUACAGAAUCUGGUUUUGAUAAAUUUGCUAAUUAUGGCCAAUUAGAUGAUAAAUUUAAUCAUAUUCAAACUUUAACUUUCAAAUCACCAAAUUCAACUUCUUCAAUUGAAAAUGAAUAUAAUUAUAAACAAUAUGAUAGUACCAUGAGUAAUGUAAAUUCAUUUUCAAAUACGAAUUCAAAUUUGAAUAAUGAUAGUGGAUUUAUCAAUAAAGGUUAUAAUAAUCCACCGCCAAUUAGAACUCAUAACGGUUCUAAUUCAUUUACAAGUCAAUCUUCAUCAUGUUAUUCAAAACCACCUCAAACAGUUAAUGAUUUUACAAAUACAAAUUCAAAUUCAGUAGCUUCUGGUUAUAGACCAACUGGAACAACAGGUGUUGACGGAUCAACAACAUCAAAUAACCCACCUUAUCCAGCUUCAACUCCAAAAAUUACAAAUGAUAGUUUUUCAAGAAGUGUAUUUGAACAUCAUCCACAAGUUGAAGGUCAUAAACCAUUUACUGAAUUAGAAGAUGACUUUGAUGACGAAGAGGAUCUAACUAAGAAUAAUCAACAACAAAGUAAUGAUUCUGAUGAUGAUUCUGAUUUUACAAGUGUCUCACAAAGAGCUCCAAAUCCACAAUAUACUCAACAACAACAACAACAACAACAACAACAACAAAUUCCAGUACAAAGAAAUUAUAAUCCACAAUAUCAAAAUGUACAACAAUACCAACCAAUGUAUCAACAAACACCUCCACAACUGUAUCAACAACAAGUGCAACCUCAUUAUCAAUCACAACCUCAACCACUACAAUAUCCACAACAAUACAAUACUAGUGUGUCACCGCAAGGUUAUUAUUCAUCACAACAGAGACCUACAAUAUCGGACAAUGUAUUGAAUUCAAAUCCAGAUUUUAAUUUUGCAAGAGGUCAACCACAAGCUAAAAGAAGAGUAUCACCUGGAUUCGUGCCAGUCGCAGCUAGAUAUAAAAAUCAACAAUCAAAUAAUAAUGCCUCACAGUUGAUGGGUAGAAACGCAGCUAGUGCAAGAAAUGGUCCUUAUGGUAUAACAAGGUAA